CCUGCCCAGCUGUAACAUCGGGGAGAAAAUCCGCAAAGUUAUGAAAUUUAUUUUCUAAUCAAAGAAGCCCAAAUGGAAAUGGAAAAGCCAACAUGGGGAUGGCUUGAGCCAUUUGAAAAAUUUGGUCAACUGGGUGAUAAAGAAUCAGAUUACAAGAAAGUAUCGUAUGGUGACAGCACAACAAAAUAUUCAACAUGUACCCAUGCAGCACAUGGAAUGAUUUAUGCCUUAGACAGUACAAAGGUUUGGGAUUUGUAUGAAUCCAGGGCAGCAAUUUUGAUGCAGAUGCGAUUUGAUGGUGUGUUAGGAUUUCCAGGAGGUCUUGUUGAUGCAGGGGAAAAUCCUGCUGCUGCACUGAAUAGAGAGAUGAUUGAGGAAAUUAAUAUUGAUACUUCGAAACAUAAUUUUAAUGAUAAAGAUCAUUUGGUAACAUAUCUUCAUGAAGAAAAGAAUCUGGUUUUGCAUUUCUAUACUAAAAAAGUAGAUCUGACAGAAUUCCAUACUAUUGAAAGACGAAAUCUAGAAGCGAAAGAAUAUGGUAUUGAGACUUUUGGAAUUAUACGACCCCCGCUGUUUACUAUGGGUGAUAAUCUACGAGGAUUUCCAGCUUUCUUGAGCAACCAAUUUGCAGGAAAUUCCAAAGAAGAACUAUUAUUGGCAUUAUGUGCCACCAACAUAAUGACGAAAGAUGAAAUAGAUAUAGCUGUAGAAGCUAUGAAAAAACAUAUUCGAUCUCUCCAGUAGUUUUAAAAUAGUUAAUGUAUUUAUUAUUGUCAUCACCCCUUUUGGUCUACACUUCUUAAGUGUACUCACUCCUCACUGAUUUUUGUAAAAUCGUUAGUAUUGUGGUGAAGAUGGUCCCUAUUUUGUGCCUUUUUGUAAAAUUAACACCUGUGUUGUGGUGGUCAGUCACUGACUGUUAAUAGUGUACAUUACCAAACUCAUUUUCACAGUACAGAGUUCUGUUUUUCAUCAAUCUUCAACACAAUUUACAUUGCUGCUCCUAGCCUUCACUGAAUUUCAUCAAAUGUUCAGGGAUAGUGGGUAUUGAGGUAUAGAUGUUCCCUAUAGAUUUUGUGCAUUUUCGAAAUUCCAUAUCGGGAUAAUGAUGUUUUCCCCCAAAGUGGUUCCUUGGUUAAUGCCUGUGAUUUAUGUGAUAGUUCUUAAUUGAUUUUGGUAUUGGGGUAAAGAAUGUCCAUAUCAUUAGCAUUUUUGAAAAUAUGGUUCCAGAGUUGUUGUCCAUGAAUUAUGCUAUUGUGUAUAAACUUGAAUUACGCAUAUACUUGAAUUAUGCAUAUACUUGGUAGAUUUUAAUAGUUAUUACUGGACUAAAGAUGAUUACUGUUGAUUUUGAGAGUUUCAAAAAAGUACUUCCAGAGUAGUGAUUGUUGAUAAAUGGGUAUUAACUUAAUGUAGCCGUUGUUAACCAAUUUCUCAAAAUAUCAGAAGCAAGGUUUUAUUAUUAAAGCCCAGACAAAGAAGCUGUUGGUUGGCUAUAUGUUACCAUGACUGGUAACCUAUAGUGAUUUUUUGUUGUGUUUUUUUUUUUUUUUUAUGGGUGUUUUAAGAGUUUUAGAUAUAUGUGGGUGUAAUUUUAUCUUUUAAUAUUCCUGGGGUGUGCCAUAUUAAAUUUUAUAUAUACGGGUACAAGAUUUUUGAAAAAGGAGACGUGUACACUGUACCUUGAAAAGGUGUUUGUUGGUUACUGCAGGGUUAGCGUAGAGUAACAUAGUUGUAGUCAAAUGCAGGAAAAGGUGAUUUACCCCACCUUACAUCAGUUACUUUGUGAGAUCUGCUCCAAACUUUGACCUAUGAGAGUAGCUCCCCUUUAAUGCACUAUGAGAUUGACGCUUACAAAAGAGGAUUCACGAUACUAGAUCUUUCUUGUCUGCGAUAUCACCUCGGUGGAAGCGGACGUAAAAUACAACUAACUCAUCACUAGAACUUUGUACAAUCUGGAAAAUAUACUUCUCUAGGGUUAGGGUUCGGGUUAGGUUUACAAAUUAUAUGUGGAUUGUGGUUAAAACUAUUCUGAAGGGUUAGGGUUAGAAUUGUGGGUACAAAGAUCUAGUAUUGUGCAAAGAGGAUGCCAAAAUUUCUACCAUGAGUAAGUAAGAAGUAAGUUAGGAAUGAGUCUGUCUACCUAAUAAUUUAAUCCUGGUACGUAAUAGAUUAUCAUGGAGCACUAAUUCUUAUGUAUGACAGAGUCAACCACUGAGCUGCACAUGCGACAUGCAAUAGCACCAUACACGUGGGAGGGGUUUGUUGUCAAAUUUGACACUUCAAGGAAGGGUUGAUGAAAACUGCCGCAUGCUGGUUUAUCUAUCCAUAUUUGCUUUCCUAUCGGUUCUUGCAUAAGAUUUACUGUUUAGCGUAUCAUUGCUUUAGUGUGUUGCGUUUAAUUUGAUCGGGAGGCGUGUUCGUCGAUGUCAACGUCAACCAACAACAUUGCAAGAAUUGACCGUGGCACUGCAAGAGGAGUGGGUCAGAUUGCCCCAAAUCGUGAUUAGACGGUUGAUUAGUAGCAUGCCACGAUGAAUUGCUGAAUGUCUUAGGAUUGGUGGAGCAAUUACUCAUUAUUAAGACAAAAAUCAAAAACGUCCAUUUUCACAUUUAAUGGUGUAUCUCUUUGCGAGUGAAAUGGGGCCGUCAGAUAAGCCGCCCAUAUGAACUGUUUAUGUUCAUGUGUAGGUAAUUGGCCUGUUAUUAACAUACACUGGUUACCUCUAAUAAAAACAGCAGUGCAUUUCCAAUGUUUUGUAUUGUUUCUGAAUAUCCCGGUAUCCCCUACUUUUUUUGAAGAGUAUAUUAAUCUAAAAUCCUGAUAGUUAAUAGCUUAUAGUUAUGAUGCCAAAUAAAAGAAAUUAUCUAAAGAUUUUUUUUUUAAUGUCCUGGUGGCUAAUGGCUUUGAUAUGAAAUGUUUGUAUAAGAUAUCAGUAUUCAAGACAAAAAGCCUCGGAAUAGUUUAUAAGUACAUGUAUAUUUUUAUAUUCUAUUAUAUUUUAUUUUUGUUAACUAUUUAUUUUAUCAAA